CAAAACGACGUCGUCCUCGAGCUCAUCUUAUUUCACUUGCCCCAAAUCCCCCAGUGCGAUUUCUUCAGAUUUCAAAGCGAGAAAAGAAGCAGACUCAUCACAAAUGGCAGGAAGACUGAGCAGCGCGGCGUCCAAAAUCAUGGGCGGAAACGGCGUCGUCCACCGUUCCGUCGCCUCCUCUCUCCGCCUCCGCGCCGGCAUGGGCCUCCCGGUCGGCAAACACAUCGUCCCCGACAGACCCCUCCCCGUCAACGACGAGCUCGUCUGGGACAACGGCACGCCGUUCCCCGAACCCUGUAUCGAUCGCAUCGCCGACACCGUGGGAAAGUACGAAGCUUUGGCUUGGCUGACCGGAGGUCUGAGCUGCUUCGUUGGGCUGGGCUUGUUGGCCGUGUGGAACGACAAGGCGUCCAAGAUUCCGUUUGCGCCGAAAGUGUACCCAUACGACAAUCUACGAGUGGAGCUCGGCGGAGAACCGUAGAAGGGUUGUUGGGCUUGUUCUAAUUGUGUGGUAACUUGUUUUGAGAUGUGUUUUUGUGCAUUUCCCAUGUUUGAUAUGGCUUUAAAUAAUGUUCUGUGCCUCAUAACUGUGAGCAUUGUAUGUUUUGGAUGACAACAUCUUGGAACAAAUUGCCAGUCUGAUUUCAUUUGAAUCACUUUCUCUCGGAAUUUUUUAUGCA